UUCAAUCAUGAACACACUUAUCGCCUUGCUUUUGCUGGUUUCCACAUUCCUAGCUGUAUCUGAGGCCAGUUACGGCAAUGCACCAAGGUAUAGGGCCUUUAAGUACGCUGCAGCCAGAGUUGUUUCUGGUGGUUGUCCUUAUGGAUGGCAUCAGUACAACAAACGUUGUUACUGGUUCAGCAGGGACAAACUUAACUGGUACAGGGCUUCUAUGAGAUGUGUUGCCAUGGGAGGAUACCUGGUAUCCAUUGACCAAUCCCACGAAAACACCUACGUCAGACACAUGUGCAGUAUCUAUGGAUACAGGAGAGGAGCCUGGUUGGCUUUAAAUGACGUUUUGAGACCAAACAAACAUAGGUGGUGCUGGGGAUUCACCGUCAAGCCAUGCCACAAAUUUGAUUGGUACAGUCAGGAACCAAUUUAUCAUGAACAUGGGGACUACAAUUGCGGUAUCUUCUGGAGAUCAUACAAAUAUCACUGGCACGUUGACAGCUGUGGACAGGUUAACAAUUACGUCUGCGAGAGACCACUGGGAAAACCAUGCCUUUGUUCUUAUUAG